AACGGGCCGGAUUGCAAUCAUUCGACGGUGAGCGUGCAUCCUCUCAAUACAGGUGGACUUUCACUGCUCUCAUCAAGAGAAAAAGAAACAGCUCAUAUCAUACUUUGGUAUGUGAAUACUCCGGUGAACGUUCCUGAGAGCCAGAAGGACUACCAUUGGUCAUCAGCCAGCCACCCACCUACCCACCCGACAAGCCAGCCAACCAGCCAUCAAGCCAGCCAGCCAGCCAGCCAGCCGCUCUACACUGCCAGCCGACGCCGGGUUCAGCAGUCAGUCGCGCCACGUGUGUACGAGCGAGCGGUAGUAAACCAGGGUUGCUCUAGCCAGCGUCGUCUUGGCCCCAAUCUUGGCAGACAAGAGACAGCGUGGUUUGACUUGACUGUCCCUCCGAGAGCAUAAAUUUGGCGUCCAUCUAAGAAGAUUCGUUUGGGAAGUGAGGGAGAAGCACUGUCGUCUCCACUACAGCCCGUGUGACAGACGAACAGUCAGACACCCCCCUCCCGUCGCUGGACCGCCACACCAUCGACUGCAACAAAGGAAUCCUGGAGGGCCACAGCUUUCCCAGGCUGGCGCUUUUAUUCUUUCGGUUUCUGAACAACAUGGACGUUUUCCCCCGUGGUUCUCUAGCACGAGGUGGUGAGGACGUCAGCCACCGGCGCCACAACUCACCUGAAAACGCGAGAACGCUACCAUCAGGCCCGCGGCUCGCCACCCCCACCGCCGCCACCAGCAUUAGCUUCACCCGCAUCCCGCCCCAUUCCUGUUGUCUGACAAGAUGGUGACUGAAGGCAAAAUGAACCCGAAGCUGGUCAUCGAAGACUUGCCAGAUGUGCUGCACCAACGCAUGGACCAACUCAACAUGCUGCGUAAAAGUAGACACUUCUGUGAUGUUGUUCUUCAGGUCGGAAAUUCAGAGAUACAUGCCCAUCGCGCAGUGUUAGCCUGUGCCUCGCCCUACUUCUUCGAGCUGUUCAAUUCCGAGGAUGAACGCAAGUCAGCACAUGAGGGAAAGCUGCUGUACAAGAUGAACAGUGGAUUUGAACGAGAGAGUGUGGAACAGCUGGUUAAUUAUGCCUACACUGGCCGUCUAGAGGUGCCUGAGCCAAUGGUUAAGGCAGUGUUCAUCGCUGCUAGGAGGUUGAAGCUGGAGUCAGUGGCCCAAGCCAGUGGGGAGUAUUUGGUGAAUCAUCUCACCCCAGAGAGCUGCCUGGCAGUGAGAGCCAUCAAUGGCAUUGCUUCCAACAAGGAACUUGUUGCUCGUGUUGAUGAGUACAUCCAGCAACUGAAAGAUUUGGUGCAGGUGACCCAGGAUGCCUUGACCCUGCCACGCCUUCAGGUGACUGUUGUACACAGAAACCAGGAUGAGGCUGCCAUUACCGGUCGUGCUCUGUGUUCUCUCGUGAUGGACUGGGUCAGGAAGCAGAUGGAAGAGGAAGAGAUGCUGUUGGACUCCAUGAAAGAAAAAAAGCACAUGCUGUACCUUAAUAUAGACAACUCACUUCAUGAUUGUUCUGACAUUCGGUCUGGUGAACUCCAUGAUUCAGACAUUGUACAGGAUUAUAAGAAGAUGUCCAGGAAACUGUCCCAGACCAACAUGAAAGCUCGUAGAAAGUCAACCACACCUCAGCCAGUGAAGCCUCGUUUGCUGCUCUACUCACGCAGCAUCUCUGACAUGGAUGAGUCAGAGCAAGAAAUUGAAUGGAAGUUGAUUACCUACUCACAAGUUUCAGAGAGCUCAUGGGUGGCAGUAGUGGCAUUGCAUGGCUCUGUGGCUGUGAUGUUGGUACAGCAGAAGGUUGGUGGUUCCUCAUCUCCCACUUCUACUCCUGUGACAUCCAGACCAGCUUCUGUUGAGAAGGUUGACUUCUAUACAGUUAUUCCUCACAUGUCCUCCCCCAAGUGUGCCACUGGAACUGGCAACUUCAAUGGCCAAAUGCUGGUGUGUGGAGGAUAUGAUCGUGGGGAAUGCUUGAAGACUGUGGAGGCUUACAAUCCCAAGACCAACAAAUGGGUUGAGCUGCCAGCCAUGCAACAAGGCCGAGGCCGUUUUGAUCUAACAGUGCUUAAUGGGCGGGCAUAUGCCAUAGGAGGCUGUGAUGGAUCCCGAGAGCUGAAUACCGUAGAGGUACUGGAGGAGGAUUCAAAGAAGUGGAGAAGUGUAGCAUCAUUGCCCCUUGCACGCUCAAACACUGGUGUGUGCAAUUUGGGGUCCCAUGUAUACUGUAUUGGGGGAUGGAAUGGUCAGUAUGGCAUCAAGCAGUGUGAUGUUUACUCUCCAGAGGCUAACACUUGGAGCACCAUUGCUCCACUUCAUGUUGGUCGCUAUCAGGCUGGGGUGGCUGCAUUCAACAAUGCUGUGUAUGCUGCUGGAGGAUGUGACUCAUGGAACUGUCUUAAUUCAGUCGAGGUGUAUAAUCCCAUCACUAACUCUUGGACAUUUGUUGCUCCCAUGACUACGCCAAGGCGGGGCUGUGGUGCUGAAGUGUUCAAAGGAAAAUUGUAUGUCAUUGGAGGUUCAGAUGGAACACACAGUCUGUGUACCACUGAAGUGUAUGAUCCUGAGUCCAAUAGCUGGAUGCCAGGUCCCUCCAUGACUACCUGCAGAGCUAAUGUGGGUGUGACAGUGGUGGAUGGACGGUUGUAUGCUGUGGGUGGAUUUUCAGGGAAGAACUUCCUUAAUAGCAUUGAGUACUUGGACCCUGUCUCUGGGGAGUGGACUAACUUCACCCCAAAGCCUGAGGGAUUGUCUGUCUCAGAGGAACAUAAUGGCUUCAGUGAAAGGGAGCAGUCUACAAUAUCUGGAAAUGAAGAUCAUCAUGCUAAUAGUCAUGGGAACCUACAUGGGAUACCCAAUGGUUUUUUGGAGAAUGGGUGUAAUGGGCUGUCUAAUGGACACAUGCCAGUAGCCACAACAUGUCAGUGAAAAGAUGAAUGUAAGAAAAAGGAAAAGUAAUUAUUAUAGUUCUGCCUCAUUGUGAAAAUAAUUGUAUUUUAUCACAUGAACCAAGAGUGGCUACUUUCAUCAUAUCCUAGUACAUAAUAUACACCUAGGAAAAACAUAAAGUUUUCUGUCAGUGUAGCAGAGGGCAGGUGUCUGGUCUGACAGCACCAACAUACCUAUUGUGUAUCAUUGUGUACACACCAUUGUUUGUAAGGCUCCUCUCAAAUGUUACCUCUUCUGAAAACUCUUCCCUCUGGAAGUAGGUGCCUUUCUUUCCUCCCUAAGCAAAGAUUCCCACUUGUUUGUGAAAGUGGAAUACAGCCUACUUGACCCUUGUGUCCAGAGAAUAGGAGGCAAAUCAGUAGUAGGGUUAUGGAGAACUUUAAUAUUAAUCUGCAUUUAACAGUACUAAUAUUAAAGGCUAUUGUUAUUUCAUAUAUAGCUGUGGUGAUCCCCUUUAUUGAACUAUGAGGAAUUGCCCAGGAUCUUUAACACUGUGCCUAAUUUGCUUCCCUCAAGGGCUGUUCUUAGGGGGUACUGAAAAGUAGCUUAAUUGUUCUGAUCAUGGUUGAAGGGAUCAAUUAUACUCUUAAGCUAUUUGAUUGUAUUAAUUAUCUAGGGUGCCACACAUACUGCCCAAUAUAUCAAUACAGAAGAAUUACUGUCUAGUGCCAAAUUAAUUGAAAAGUGUCUUGCCUUUUCUUUUGGGUUUCUCAUUUCUCUAUAGUUUGUUGGUGCACUUUGCUGCUCCUUGUUAUGCUCAGUUUAUUUUUAAUGGUCACGGUUAACAAGUCUAUCUAACAGUGCACUGGGAGACUGUGUGUGUCAGUUAGUGUGAUACAUGCUAUGUUCUUGCUUCUUAUUUUUAUAUUUUCUUGUUAUAAAAUUACUGAGGUAAAAAGGUUAAAUGUUUCCUUGAAAUACUGGAGAUAGAAAUAAUUGCCUGUCAUCUUUUAUGUUAGGUUAUUUGACAUGUUACAUAAUGGCAAAUAAUAACAAAGAAUUCAGUUUACUGUUGCUGCCCCUGCAGUAGAUGACUGGUAACUUCAGGCACUGAAGGCACAAAUACAUCACCAGGGAUAUGUCUUGGUAGAGACAAGGAUGGGAGUGAAUCAUAGCAUGUAUCAUAUUCAGGACCUCCUGAUCACCUAAUUAUUUAUCAUGGUGACUUGUACUUGCUUGUCAGAUCUCCUCCGUCCAGCUGCUGCUACUGUACUCCUAUUGUAUUGUUGUCACACCGUGAGUCAUGUCUUGAUGUUUUAAAACUGACAAAAAAGUUUUGCACUGGGCAGAAUGUGUACACUUUUUUUUUUUUAUAUGGUGUUAAUCUAUCAGGUAAUAUAUAUAUAUAUAUAUAUAUAUAUAUAUAUAUAUAUAUAUAUAUAUAUAUAUAUAUAUAUAUAUAUAUAUAUAUAUAUAUAUAUAUAUAUAUAUAUAUAUAUAUAUAUAUAUAUAUAUAUAUAUAUAUAUAUAUCACACACACACACACACACACACACACACACACACACACACACACACACACACACACACACACACACACACACACACAUAAUGUAUACACCAUUAUACAGGACUAAGAAUGUGUAUGAAGUCACUUGUCUUAGUUUAAUUAAAUUGUUUUAUUAUUUCUAUGAAAUAAUUGGAUGAGUAUCUAACUAUGACAAUUAUUCCCAAUUUUGUCAUAUUAAGUUCAUUUAUAAAAUUUCUGUAGAGCAUAAUAUUCAUGGCUAUAGAAAAGUCUUGCUGGUAUUAUUGGCUUAAAUUGACCUCAAGCACUGAGGCUGCUUCCUUUACAGUGUCUGUGGUCUCAUUUUGGGGACAUUAUCUUUCCAUUUCCAAAACCUUUUGUAUCUUUUCAUGAAUGUGUGUAAGCCUUAAGAUGUAUACUCACAGGCAUUUAAAGUAAGCCCUGUGAUACUAGGCAAGUUGGCCUUGAGAGCAGUGGAGCAGAGUUAUGACUCCUUGGGCUCGUACCUUUGCCUUUUAUGUUGUAUGGCUUGCUGCCAUAAUGUUUCCAUUUUUGUUGUGCGCUGGUAGCAUCUAUAUAAUUGUUCCACAUUUAAUACAUCUAUUGGUUCCACUGUUUAUUUUCUCAUAUCAUGGAUCUGGUAGAAGUGAUACAUUGUUAUUUAAGACAAGAUCCCUGUAAUUCUGACUGUUAGAGACCUGGGUGGAGAGCAUGUGAGAGGAAUGUGGAACAAGGCAGUCCUCACACCACCAGCUCUGUCUUUGCUCAAUUUUUUCUCUCCUCUACAUCAAGCCCUGCUGUUUGGUCAAGAACAGUCUGGCUGAAGCCUUGAUGCCCUCUAUCUUACUCAGAGAUCCCGUUGUCUAUUUUUUUAUAUAAAAUAACAGCCACUGUUUUCAGGGGUCUGUGCUGUUCCAAGACAAAAAGCUUGGAUAAUUGUGGGUGUGUACAACAGUGAUAUACAAACUUUAAGGAAAUAAAUGGCAUUUAUAUAAGAUACAGAAAGCAAUUGGGGUUUACGGGUGAACACUGUUUUCCCAGUGACCUUGUACUGUUUUUUUUAGAGGCCUAGGAUUGUUGAUAGACUGACCUAGCUGCCCACAUCAAAAGAAAUAUUUGUCUGUAUGCUGCAACCACUUCAUUAAGUCAUGUGCAUUGAUACCUAUAUGUUCUUGGGGAGAGGAAAAAAAAAAAAAAAAGUGUUCUCCCUCUCCAUAGCUGAAGAGUAAGAAACAUUUGGGAGAUGAGAUAGUUCUUAAUCAUAAUAUGCAAGGGAAUUAUAACAUCAAAAUAUAUAAUUAAAAAUUGAUGCUGUGGCACUGCUAAUGUCCUCACCAAAGUGUCACAGUGAAAUUUUCAGCACUCAAGCAUUUUAACAGGCCAGAGUCACCCUUCCCAUGCUGGACUGUCACAGGGUGAGAACCACCACAUACCUCAUAUUUUAUGUCAAUGGAUGAGGCAUAAGGCAAUUCUGUCUUGUGAUUAUCUAUAGCUGUGAUAAGAUUUUUUCCACCCUAACUGCUCUUUAAAAUACUAAGGGGAGAUGUGUUAAUUGGUAAGCUGAUACAAUGAUAUUUCUUUGAAAUCUGUUAUAUACUACAUACAUAUAUAGUAUACAUACAUACUUAUAAGGUGCCUCCAGGCAUGUCACCAUCCCUUGAUAUCUUUUCUUUUGGAGAUGUUAACCAGACCAUUUUAGGUUUUCAUUUUUUUUUCUUUUAAAUGUCCUGGUCAACCAAAAGUGGAAAAUUUUCUAUGAUAUUAACAGUAUAUAGGUAUGACUUGUGUGCUCCUCACUUGGUCACCCCUGUAUAUCACAAUAAUAACUUCUGAAAACA